AUGCCUGAGAAAAUAUUGGAGAGGAGGCUCAGAGUUGCGGUGGCUCAUCCCCAGGACCCGUUGCUGGCGGGGACCACCGAUAAACCCACAGCCGUCACUCAACAGCCCCGUAAGACGGAACUAUGGUCAGAUAUGCUGAAUGACGAUGACGCUGAUAUGCCGCCAUUAUUCGAGGACCUGCUCGAAGUGGACCCAGGCGACGAGGGCGCAGACGCCGAUGAUGCCGCUUCUGACUUCCUCGAGGCUGUGGAUAUGGAUGAUGUGGAGGAGGACUCUACAUUCCCAGCGGCCCAGUCCCGACCCUCCAGCGCAUCUGAGGCUGCGACUCCCGUCGAUAGCAGCCUAUAUGAUGUGUGCAAGCGCGCUACCGCCAAGCUUAACAUAACCUGGCCAGACACUGUAGAUGCGGAGGAUGGGGAAAGGGAUUUAUAUGACGGUAAACGGCUCCCGCCAGCGCAUCCACCUCCGAAGCAACUUCUCCCUGCUGUCAGCGCGUGCAUGAGAGAGGUGGGGAGGUUUUGGAAUAACCCACUUGGAAGCAAGCUUCCUGUACAGGGCUAUUCAAAGCUGGAGAUCCAUGGGAUGAAGGAGCUGGGGUUGGCCGAACCCCCAGCGGUGGAGCCUUCAGUGGCUUUUCACCUCCAUCCUAAUCGCCGUUCCGUCUCAGCCUCAAGUCAGGUUUCCCUGCCCACAAAAUCAGAGAGAGUUACAUCCUCCAUUCUGCAACGCAUGUACAGAUAUGCUUCUCAAUCUGCAUGCGUACUGAAUACUGUGACUUUACUGUCCGGUUAUCAAGGGGAACUACUUGAGGAAAUGGGACAACAGCUGGACUCCGGGUCUCCUAACCCGGUCCUCUGGGAGGAAAUCUGCGUGGUAAAUGACCUCAUCCUACGCUCAACUCGUGGAGCUUUCCAGGGCUGCAGCCAUGUCAUGGGACUGGCCGUAGCGGGUGAGAGGGGUCUAUGGCUCAACCACUCAGGUCUGACAGACGCUCAGAAGGCUGAAGUUAUGGACACUGCUUAUGACCCUACCAAAGGUCUAUUUGGUACGGCCCUGGAGAAGAUGAAGGAGACCAGUACCCUCCGUAAAGAGGAGGGUGCGGCCUUUAAUCUUUGGCUGCCAAGGAAACAACCUCCUCGUCCAGUGCAGCCCCAGAGAGCUGGGCCCCUCUAG